CUCGCGUCCUGACGUCACGCCCGCCUGGGAGCGCGCGCAGCCCGUCCAGACGCCAGGAAAAGAGGGGGUGAAGAAGAUGGCGGAUGUGGAGGAGCAGCUGUCCGACGAGGAGAAGGUCCGUGUUGCAGCAAAGUUUAUAAUCCAUGCGCCACCAGGAGAAUUCAAUGAAGUUUUUAACGAUGUUCGGUUCCUGCUAAACAAUGACAACUUACUCAGGGAAGGUGCUGCCCAUGCAUUUGCACAGUACAACUUGGAUCAAUUCACUCCUGUCAAAAUUGAUGGCUAUGACGAUCAGGUAUUAAUAACAGAACAUGGUGAUCUGGGUAAUGGGAGAUUCUUGGGCCCGAAAAAUAGGAUUUCUUUCAAAUUUGAUCACUUAAGAAAGGAAGCGAGUGAUACGCGGCCCUAUGAAGGAGAAAAUGCAAUUGAAUCCUGGAGAAACACUGUAGAUGCUGCCACAAGAUCCUAUGUUAAAGACCAUUACCCUAAUGGGGUUUGCACUGUGUACGGCAAAACAAUUGAUGGACAGCAAACCAUAAUCGCUUGCAUAGAGAGUCAUCAGUUUCAAGCAAAGAAUUUCUGGAAUGGACGUUGGAGGUCAGAAUGGAAGUUUACAAUCACACCAUCAACUACAAAAGUGGUUGGCAUUUUAAAAAUUCAGGUUCAUUAUUAUGAAGAUGGUAACGUGCAGCUUGUGAGCCAUAAAGACGUAGAAGAGUCAUUAACAGUGUCUAAUGAAGUCCAGACUGCUAAAGAAUUCAUCAAGAUCAUAGAGGAUGCAGAAAAUGAGUAUCAGACUGCGAUCAGUGAGAACUACCAGACUAUGUCGGACACUACAUUCAAAGCCUUACGUCGGCAGCUGCCAGUUACACGUACGAAGAUUGACUGGAACAAGAUUCUUAGUUACAAAAUCGGAAAAGAAAUGCAGAACGCCUAACAUUGCAUGACUGGAUCAUUUUAGUGUCUGUGCAUACAAAUAAACAUGAUUGCUAUAAAGUAUUCGGAACUGCCAAGUUGCCUGGUCAGCAUGGCCUUUUGCUAUGGAAAAGAAAUCAUUAUAAUUAAACUAACUGGGCUAUAGCACAAAAUUUACUUUUAUCAGUUUUCUCUCCGUUGGUAUACAUAUUUUGUUUAGGUUUUUCUUUUUUUCUGUUUGAGGCAAAGUGUUUAAUUUGAUUUCUGGGGUUGGUACAUUUGCAAGCUUUUUAAUUCUUUUUUUUCCUUUGCAGAUGUUUGAGAGGGAGCAGUGAUAUAUUUUUUUAAAUUCUGAAUUACAGUCUCAAUGAAUGACAGUAAUACUAAAUCCCAACUCUAGCUUCUCUAAAAGAGCUCAUAUACAUAGAUAACCGAGAAAUAAAUAGAUCUAUAUGUGUAUGCAAAGGUUAUGUGACGUGCGUAAUUCUGUAUGCUGCCAAUCCACCAAGUCCUAUUUUUGUUUGAUGGCCAUGACUAGAAUUCUAACGCUGUUAAAAAUAAAUAAUAGUAAUAAACGAGGCAGAGCAUUACUAACGUUUAAAAUGUUAUCUUGCUUCUAUUUUCCUUUGCAUCUCAGAACUGUUUUCUCUGUAAUGACGGGCCUAUUGGAGAAAUAAAAAGCACAUCCCAUAACCUUUACAAACACAGCCGAACAUGUCUUAGUUUACUAUUUAAUGUAUCACCAUGUGUAUUAUGGCAUUAUUGACCUUUUAAUAUUGUGGCAUCUCAAGAUGUAGCCUUUCCCAUGGGUCAUGUUACGUGUAAAGCCAUGAAGCUUUGAAUGCCUGGUGCCAGUCCGGGGGUGAAACAUCUUGCUUUCAUCCUUUUUCAAGUCCUCAAUUUGCCUUUAAUUCAUUCAUUGUACUCACUGUGAGUGCUGUCAACAUAUGCAGACUUUUCUAUCGGUCUAUAUAAGACAAACAUUGGUGGCAUUGAUCUGAAAUUAAAGUACUUUUCUUUCACUA